GAGAAGCAGGAGGGGGCGGUGGCGCAGGGAGCAGACCGGGCAGAUGGCGCAGCCGAAGACGCGCCGCCGCUAGACUGCACAGGUGCUUGUUGUCAUGGAGGAGCAAAGAUGGCGGUCCUGGCCUAUAGCCUGGGCAAACGGGAAAUAAAUCAACAUUUCACCAUAAAAAAUGCCAAAUUGAUAUCAACAGCGGUCGUCGUUUUGCUCCUCUUGUUCCACACGGCUUCGCGGUAUUAUGGAGGCGGAGACUCAUGUGAGUGGCUGCUGUCCAGAGGACGUUACUUGGGGGAGAACGUAUGGCAGCCGUAUGGCUGCAUGAUGCACAAAUACAAAAGCAUUGAAGCCAAAACAUGCCUUGCUGAAAAGCGGGUGGCCUUUGUUGGUGAUUCACGAAUCAGACAGUUGUUUUACUCCUUCAUCAAAAUCAUUGACCCCGAGCGAAGAGAAAAUGGGAACAAGCACGAGGACAUUUCCUUUGAAGAUGAGAGUUCCUCUGUUAAUGUGGACUUCCUGUGGUAUCCAGAGGCAAAUAAUUCAAUGAAGGAGCGCUUGAUAUCAUGGACCCGGGAAGCCUCAGCAAAGCCAGAUGUUGUCAUCCUCGGAGUUGCCACAUGGUCCAUCAAGUUGCACAGUGGCAGCAGCGAGACUCUGCAGCAGUACAGAGUCAACCUGACAGCCAUGGCUGUGUACCUGGACAGGCUGGCUGACCAUGGAGAGGUUUACUGGGUUCUUCAAGACCCGGUAAAUGAGGAUGUGUUGAGUGACAACAGGAGAAUGAUCACCAACCAGCAGCUUGAGCUGUACAAUGAAGCAGCAGUGGAUGUGCUCAACAGCAGCAAGCGUAACAGCAGGGCCCGGGUCAAGCUGUUGGCCGCUUCGCGCCAGGCUGCAAUAGAAACUAUCACCCAGUCAGGCGAUGGCUUGCACCUGCCCGAGAGCACUAUGAAUGUGGGAGCCAUGGUCCUCAUGAACUCUGUGUGCAAUAAGCUGCUGAGGCCCAUUGACGGUUCCUGCUGCCAAACAUUACCACCCCCAAACCUCCUCCAGAAACUGUCAGCGUGUUUCUUCCUGGGCUCGGCCCUGAUCUUCCUGGUCCUCCACGUCCUUGGCAACAACCGUCACCGCCGACCCGUGCCCCCAGACGUAGAGAACCUAGAGGAGAAGAAGCCAGCGACUGCAGCUGUCCCUCUCGGUCCAAAGGCACCUUUCCAGGCUCUCUGCAGGAUGGGCAUCAUCAUGGGUUAUUUUUAUCUUUGUGACAGAGCAGAUGUAUUCAUGAAAGAGCAGAAGUUCUACACACACUCCACUUUCUUCAUCCCUCUCAUCUAUAUAUUUGUCCUGGGAGUGUUCUACAGUGAAAACAGCAAGGAGACCAAAUUACUAAACCGAGAACAAACAGAUGAGUGGAAAGGCUGGAUGCAGUUGGUCAUCCUCAUCUAUCACAUAUCCGGAGCCAGUGCUUUCAUUCCAGUGUACAUGCAUGUGCGGGUACUGGUGGCAGCGUACCUUUUUCAGACCGGCUAUGGGCAUUUUUCAUUUUUCUGGCUCAAAGGAGACUUUGGACUGUAUAGAGUGUGCCAGGUACUUUUCCGUCUAAACUUCCUGGUCUUGGUGCUGUGUGUGGUAAUGGACAGGCCUUACCAGUUCUAUUACUUUGUCCCGUUGGUCACCUUCUGGUUUGUCAUCAUCUACGGCACGCUGGCCAUGUGGCCUCAGAUCCUUCAGAAAAAGGCUAACAGUAGUGGCAUGUGGCACCUUGGGGUCUUGGCAAAGUUACUGGGCCUCCUGAUGUUCAUCUGCUUCUUUGCCUUUUCACAGGGUUUCUUUGAGAGCAUCUUCUCUGUGUGGCCAAUCUCCAAGCUCUUUGAGUUGAACGGAAGCAUCCAUGAGUGGUGGUUCAGAUGGAAACUGGACCGAUUUGCGGUGAUACACGGUAUGCUAUUCGCCUUCAUCUAUCUGGUGCUUCAGAAGCGUCAGGGGCUCUCGGAGGGUAAAGGAGAGGCUCUCUUCUCUGCCAAGAUUUCCAACCUGCUCCUCUUCCUCUCUGUCGUCUCCUUCAUAACUUACUCAAUAUGGGCCAGCAGCUGCAAAACCAAAACAGAGUGCAACGAGAUGCAUCCUUACAUCUCUGUGGUCCAGAUAUUGGCCUUCAUUCUCAUCAGGAACAUUCCUGGCUACGCCCGCUCUAUAUAUAGCUCAUUCUUUGCAUGGUUCGGAAAGAUCUCUUUGGAGCUGUUCAUAUGCCAGUACCACAUCUGGCUGGCGGCUGACACUAAAGGAAUUUUGGUCCUGAUCCCAGGAAACCCUUCACUUAACAUCAUGAUCAGCACCUUCAUCUUUGUCUGCGUGGCUCACGAGAUUUCCCUCAUCACCAAUGACCUGGCCCAGGUGGUCAUCCCCAAAGACAGCGUGGCCCUGCUGAAGAGACUGGGGGCCAUGGGGCUCUUCAGUCUGGUUGUCUUGCUGCUAGCCAGAGGCAGCCAGCCCACACCCGGCGCCUGAAGGACGCCUCUCGAUCGGGGAAGGGGUCAAAGCAGACUCGCCAAGCCCCUGCUGAAUUUGUAAUGAGGUAAUGGAUCCAAACCAGGAGCAGGGCCGUUGUUUUAGCCUGCUGUUGGUCACAGGAGACGACCUCAGUUGUGUUGAGUGCCAACACCAGGAGGCGUGGGAUACAGUGUCUCUCUGCGGGACAUGUGUGAGCAGAGUCUGUACUUUUUUGACUGCUGUGAAAGUCGCACACUGAAGAAAAGAAAAACGCCCAAAAAAGGGGUUGGGUCUGGGGUUGCUCCUUUAAGGGCAAAGUGCAAAUUUCAAGAAAGACGGGGAAAAACUAAACGCUCAAAACGUUUACAUCGUGUGGAUUUGUUAGAAGAACAGAGAAGAAAUGUGGAGAUGUGGAAUCUUAUUUUAAACAAAAAAAAAAAAAAGAGGUCCUCUCAUUUCACCUCAUGCUUGCUGUGUGAAUUUUUGCAGCGUCGCUUCUACUUAGCCAAACACACUAAUAAGAAGUUUAUUUUGUCACGUACGGUACUUCGUGUUAUUGCUUCACUUUGGAAGGGUUCACCAGGCACACACACACUCCGUCCACAUGGCAGUAGCAGCUGAAGAUGUUUUCACUCAGGUGGAUCCAUAACCUUCAUAUUCAGAUAUCUACAGCAAAUGUUCAAUCGUGCUGCAUUUUAUUAUCAACAUUACUUUGUACAGUAUUUCUGGUGACUUUAAAAAUAGUGUCGGAUAUCUAAAUAUGCAAAAUAUGGACCAACAAUGACUUGGGUGCUGAAAAAAAAACCAAACAAAAAAAACGGUCAAGAUUCAAGUAAAAAUUUGGAGCGCAGUUGUUAAAACGUUGGACUAUCCCUCGACAUAUUUUUGCAAAUGUUUUUGUAUGUAAUUUUAGAAAUGUUUGCCUUGUGCUCAAAGGUACCGUGGUCACCUGCUGUAGCUCUAAAAAUUCUGUGUGAUAUGUACAGUAUUUAAUGAUUUAAAUUAAGCCUAUAUUUUAUGUUUUUGUUUUUUUGGCUUUGUUUUGUAUGUGACGCUCAUGACUGCUGUUUGUGAAGGAAGUAUUACAGACAUAGUUUUGUACCCAUCCCAGCAUCUCAUUGAUAAUAACCUGCCUCAGAGACACAUUGCAGAGGUUGAGCCUUUACAGUCUGACACCCAUCUGUCCUCUUAACUCACUUCAUAGUGUGUGUAAAUUAAUAGAGUGUGAGACUUUAUUUUAUACAGCAAUGCUUCAGCAGUGUUUUUACUCCUUUAUCCUUCCAUUGCCGUUAAAAAAAAACAUGCCUCAUAGCUCUGGUGGAAAAUGCACUGGCUUGCACAUAUUAUUGUAGAAUAGGACUAACAGCUAAAUACACAUCCUCCCUUUGCCGUAACAGGCAGUGAACCUUUUGGUUAGCGAAUGACUGAGUGAAUUGUGAAGUGAUUUCUCAAGACUGAAUGCCUUUGAACAUACAGCUUUUUCUCAGUGGCUUAUACAUACUGUACAUCUUCCCCGAUGUAGCCUGGGAUCACAAUCUUCCAUCUGCCACUUUGCAUCAGAGCCACAUCAACAUUCAAGUACAACUACUAGGUAAUGCACUGACUGACCUGAGAAGACAUAUUACUGUUGCUUAAA